GGCCACCCGGCCGCCCCCUUCCGCCGCCAGCCGGAAGUGCGUCUACCCGGAAGAGGGGCUUCCGGUGGGACUGCGAGGCGCCGGGUAUCGCCAUGGCGGCCUCCUUGGCCGGGAAGAAGGUCGUGUUUGUUACGGGCAACGCCAAGAAGCUGGAGGAGGUCAUUCAGAUUCUAGGAGACAAGUUUCCAUGUACUUUGGUGGCAAAGAAAAUUGACCUGCCAGAGUACCAGGGAGAGCCUGAUGAGAUUUCCAUACAGAAGUGUCAAGAGGCAGCUCGCGAGGUGCAGGGGCCUGUACUGGUGGAGGAUACCUGCCUGUGCUUCAAUGCCCUUGGGGGCCUCCCUGGCCCCUACAUAAAGUGGUUUCUAGAGAAGUUAAAGCCUGAAGGUCUCCACCAGCUCCUGGCCGGGUUUGAGGACAAGUCAGCCUAUGCGCUCUGCACAUUCGCUUUGAGCACUGGCGACCCGAGUGAACCAGUGCGCCUGUUCAGGGGCCGGACUUCGGGCCGGAUUGUGGCACCGCGAGGCUGCCGGGACUUUGGCUGGGACCCCUGCUUUCAGCCUGAUGGAUAUGAGCAAACGUAUGCAGAGAUGCCCAAAGCUGAGAAGAAUGCCAUCUCCCAUCGCUCUCGGGCCCUGCGUGAGCUGCAGGAGUACUUUGGCAGCUUGACUUCUGGGACCGGUGAUGAGCAUGCUCGCCCAGGAUCUGGGGAGGGCUAGCCUGCAAACUCCAUCAGGCAGGCAACCCCUGCCUCCCCUCCCCCCACCAAAUGUGUCCUUCAGGGUUACUACUUCCUGGGGGUGUUGAGAUUUGACAGCCCCACCAGACCAGCCUCACCAGUCUGGAGAAGCAGGUGGCUCUGCUUGGAGGAACUUGGGCAAGAGACACCAUUUUCUUACUCUUGGGUAUUCAGUGGUCUCUCCUACAGCCUUCAGGCCUUAGAUCUUGAAAGGACCUUGGGUGUUAAACGGGCCUUGGCAGGAUUGAGGGUUUGGGGGAAAAUCACAUCAACAGUCUUAGUGUUUUUUAAAUGUGGCAAAUAAAAAUUCUGAAAGACACUCUAA